GCAUAAAGCUAUGCUUUGGCAACUCAGUAGAUUGUGAGCUUCUCGAUCUUAUCCGAACUGAAGUUGGAAAUCUUCAGGAGUCUGUCACGCUGUUUAAUGAAGAUUCAAGGGCGGAUAAGGUACAAAUCAUCGCAAUCUGUGCACAACAGGACAAAACCUCAACGAAAAUGAAAAAGGAAAAAACAACUUAAACAUUCACAGACAGACAGACGGACAGACAGACAGACAGACAGACAGACAGACAGACAGACAGACAGACAGACAGACAGACAGACAGACAGACAGACAGACAGACAGAAACAGACAGACAGACAGACAGACAGACAGACAGACAGACAGACAGACAGACAGACAGACAGACAGACAGACAGACAGACAGAGACAACGGCAACAGUAGCAACGAUAAACCACUACGGCAAAGAAUAA